ACCUGCGAGUCCUCGAAGUGAGAACAAAGAUCGAAACUUUGGAAGCUCCUCUUAUUUCCUCAGCUGUCGCACGUGCAAAUGGGGCUUCAAUUCUGAACCCACAUUCAUUCUCGCUCCACAAAUUCAAAUGGGGUGCCUUUGGAGAUCUCGAUGUUGGGUUCUCAUUGUGUUGGUGUUGUUGAAUAUUGGUUCAGCCUUUGCUGACACUCCUCAGAGACCCAAGAAUGUUCAAACUGCACUCCGUGCUAAGUGGUCUGGAACUCCCCUGCUUUUGGAAGCUGCUGAAUUAUUAUCUAACGAAAAAAAGGACCUUUUCUGGGACUUCAUUGAGAUUUGGCUUAAUACUGAGAAGGAUGCUGCUAGAUCUGAAGCAGCUAAAGAUUGUGUGAAGAAAAUUUUGGAAUGUGGGCGCCCUCUUCUAAGGGAACCAUUAAAAUCAUUAUUUGAGUUCUCUCUUAUGCUGAGAUCAGCAUCCCCUAGACUGGUGCUCUUCCAGCAAUUAGCGGAGGAAUCUCUCGCAUCUUUUCCCCUAGGCGAUGAAAAUUACUCAGAUGAUGAGACUGAGGAAAAGUUGCUAACAGAAAAGAAGAUUGAAAGGAGAAAAUUAGAUCCCCUGCAUGGUGUAAACUUGAAAAGCCAUGGAGGAAAAUGUUGUUGGGUGGAUACCGGUGAACACUUGUUUUUGGAUGUUCAUGAAUUACUGGCGUGGCUUCAGGGCUCUAUUGAGCUGGUAGGUGAUUCGUUUCCGAGACCUGAAAUAUUUGAUUUUGAUCACAUCUAUUAUGAGUUAAGUGUUGGAAGUCCAGUUGCUAUCCUUUACGGUGCACUUGGAACCAAUUGUUUUAAGGAGUUUCAUGUUGCUUUAGUUAAAGCUGCCAAAGAGGGGAAAGUUAAGUAUGUUUUACGGCCAGUGUUGCCUGCUGGAUGUGAAUCAAAAAUCAAUCAUUGUGGUUCUGUUGGUGCCGGUGAAUCAGUGAACUUGGGUGGUUAUGGUGUGGAACUUGCACUGAAGAAUAUGGAAUAUAAGGCCAUGGAUGACAGUACGGUAAAAAAAGGUGUGACUUUGGAGGAUCCUCGAACUGAAGAUCUUAGCCAGGAAGUCAGAGGAUUCAUAUUCUCUAAAAUUCUGGAACGUAAACCUGAGUUAACAUCUGAGGUCAUGGCUUUUCGGGAUUAUCUAUUGUCAUCAACUGUAUCAGACACACUUGAUGUUUGGGAAUUAAAGGAUCUAGGAUAUCAAACUGUACAGAGAAUUGUCCGAGCUUCAGAUCCUCUGCAGUCAAUGCAGGAAAUUAAUCAAAACUUCCCUAGCAUAGUUUCUUCCUUGUCUCGCACAAAGCUUGAUGAUUCUAUUCGAGAUGAAAUAAUGGCAAACCAGCGGAUGGUCCCACCUGGCAAGUCUUUAAUGGCUCUCAAUGGUGCUUUAGUCAAUGUUGAAGACGUUGACCUCUAUCUGUUGAUUGACUUGAUCCAUCAGGAUCUCUUGUUGGCUGAUCAGUUCUCAAAAUUGAAGCAGAUUCCUCAAGGCACUUUGAAGAAAUUGCUCUCGACUUCACCUCCUUUAGAGUCCAGUAUAUUUCGAGUUGAUUUUCAUUCUAGUCAUGUUCAUUAUCUCAACAACUUGGAAGAAGAUGCUAAAUAUAAACAGUGGAGGAACAAUUUAGAUGAGUUCUUGAUGCCAGUCUUCCCUGGGCAGCUACGCUACAUCCGUAAAAACCUUUUCCAUGCUGUCUUUGUUCUUGAUCCAGCAACCCGUUGUGGUCUGGAGUCCAUUGAUAUGAUCAUAUCAUUGUAUGAAAAUAAUUUUCCUGUGAGGUUUGGGAUUGUGUUGUAUUCUUCGAAGUUUGUUAUGCAGUUAGAAAAUCAUGCUACAAAAGAGCACAGCGAUGAAGAUAUUUCGACUACGAUUAUAUGUCUCUUCAGUUAUAUCAACGAGAAUUAUGGUGCUGAAAUGGCUUACCGGUUUUUGAGCAAUGUUAACAAAUUACGUAUUGAGUCAGAUGGCAAUGCGGAUGAUGCUCUUGAACUGCACCAUGUUGAAGGAGUGUUUGUGGAAACAAUAUUAUCAAAGGUAAAGUCCCCACCUCAAGAGAUAUUACUAAAGCUGUAUAAGAAUCAAAAGUUGAAGGAAUUGUCACAAGAAAGCUCUAAGUUUGUAUUUAAGCUUGGUUUGUCUAAGCUUCAAUGUUCGUUGUUGAUGAAUGGCCUUGUUAUUGAUCCCACUAAGGAAGCUCUUAUAAAUGCCUUAAAUGAUGAGACUCCAAGAAUACAGGAACAAGUAUAUUUUGGACAAAUAAUGUCUGACACUGAUGUAUUAGCUAAGUUUCUAUCAGAAGCUGGUAUACAGCGUUAUAAUCCUAAGAUUAUUUCUGAUAGCAAACCAAGGUUCAUAUCUCUGUCAAUGUUUACUUUUGGGGAGGAAUCUGUACUAAAUGACAUUGUCUACUUGCAUUCUCCUGGAACAAUGGAUGAUACGAAGGCUGUGACGCAUCUUCUUGCUGUUGAUAUCACUUCAAGGAAUGGGAUGAAAUUACUUCAACAAGGCAUACAUUAUCUGAUAGAAGGAUCCAAAAAUGCUCGUGUAGGUCUUCUGUUUAAUGCCAAUCGGAGUCCUAAUUUGUUUAGCCUCCUAUUUGUUAAGGUCUUUGAAAUCACUGCAUCCUUGUAUAGUCAUAAGACGAAUGUAUUGGACUUCUUGAAUCAGCUUUGCUCACUAUAUGAGAAGAAUUCCAUCCUUUCACCUCCUAUGGAAGCUGAGAGCACUCAAGCAUUUGUUGAUAUGGUUUGCGAGCUUGGUGAAGCUAAUGGGUUACCAUCUAAGGGCUAUAGGUCUGCCCUCCUAGAAUUUCCUGCUGGUGAAGUGAGAAAGCAUUUGACUAAGGUGCAGAAUUCUUUGUAUAGGGUGCUUGGGCUUGAAUCUGGUGCCAAUGCUGUCUUCACUAAUGGAAGGGUAACUUAUCCAAUAGAUGAAAGCACUUUUUUGAGCGCUGAUCUGCAUCUUCUGGAAUCAAUAGAAUUUAAACAAAGGACAAAGCACAUUGUGGAAAUUAUUGAAGAGGUGGAAUGGCAUGAUGUUGACCCCGACACACUAACAAGCAAAUUCAUUAGUGAUAUUGUCAUGGCCUUAUCAUCUUCAAUGGCCAUGCGAGAGCGGAAUUCUGAAAGUGCUCGUUUUGAGAUUCUGAAUGAUCAGCAUAGUGUCAUUAUUCUAAAUAAUGUAAAUUCAAGUAUUCAUAUUGAUGCGGUUCUUGAUCCUUUAAGUCCAACCAGCCAGAGGUUGUCUGGAAUUCUUCGAGUUUUGUGGAAAUACAUUCAGCCCAGCAUGAGAAUUGUACUGAAUCCAGUGAGUUCUCUUGCUGAUCUUCCUCUGAAGAGCUACUACAGAUAUGUAGUACCAACAAUGGAUGAUUUUAGCAACACUGACUCUGCAAUAAAUGGCCCACAAGCACUCUUUGCAAACAUGCCAUUGUCUAAGACUUUCACCAUGAAUCUUGAUGUUCCUGAGUCUUGGCUUGUUGAGCCCGUUAUUGCAUUCCAUGACCUGGAUAACAUUCUUCUUGAGAACCUUGGUGACACAAGCACAUUGCAAGCAGUUUUUGAGCUUGAAGCUCUUGUCCUCACUGGUCAUUGUUCUGAGAAAGAUCACGAUCCUCCUCGGGGACUUCAGCUGAUCCUUGGGACGAAAACUGCUCCCCAUUUAGUUGACACCCUUGUGAUGGCCAACCUGGGAUAUUGGCAAAUGAAAGUCUCACCUGGAGUUUGGUACUUGCAGCUUGCUCCUGGAAGAAGUUCCGAGCUUUACAUUUUAAAGGAAGAUGGUGAAGGAAGUUAUGAUAAACAAUCAUCAAAACUCAUUACUAUUAAUGAUUUACGGGGUAAACUAUUUCAUAUGGAAGUACUGAAAAAAAAGGGAAAGGAGCAUGAGGAAUUACUCCUUCCUGAUGACAAUGCACAAGAUGAGAAGAAAGGAAGUGGCUUGAAUUCCAACUUCUUAGAAUGGGCUUCUGGUUUCAUUGGUGGCAACAAAUUAUCUAAAAAGGCUGAAAAAAGUUCACAAGAGAAAGGAAGGGGUGGACGGCAUGGAAAAACUAUUAAUAUGGUUUCUAUUGCUUCUGGGCACCUAUAUGAACGCUUUAUGAAGAUUAUGAUUCUAAGUGUUCUAAAGAAUACUCAUCGUCCAGUUAAAUUCUGGUUCAUAAAGAACUACCUCUCUCCUCCUUUUAAGGACUUAAUUCCACACAUGGCCCUACAGUAUGGUUUUGAAUAUGAACUAGUCACGUACAAGUGGCCCACAUGGUUGCAUAAGCAGAAAGAAAAGCAGCGAAUAAUUUGGGCAUAUAAAAUCUUAUUCCUAGAUGUCAUUUUCCCCCUUUCUUUGGAGAAGGUCAUUUUUGUGGAUGCUGAUCAAGUUGUUAGGGCAGACAUGGGAGUACUCUAUGACAUGGAUAUAAGAGGAAAACCCCUGGCAUAUACCCCAUUUUGUGAUAAUAAUAAGGAGAUGGAUGGAUAUAGGUUUUGGAGACAAGGUUUCUGGAAUGAUCAUUUGCAGGGAAAACCAUACCAUAUUAGUGCUUUAUAUGUUGUUGAUCUGAAGAAGUUCCGAGAGACUGCAGCUGGAGAUAAUCUUAGAGUUAUUUAUGAAACACUAAGCAGGGGUCCAAAUAGUCUAGCCAACUUGGAUCAGGAUCUUCCUAAUUAUGCUCAGCAUACCGUGCCAAUUUUCUCUUUGCCGCAAGAGUGGCUAUGGUGUGAAUCAUGGUGUGGUAAUGCUACAAAAUACAAGGCAAAAACCAUUGAUCUGUGCAACAAUCCCAUGACAAAAGAACCCAAACUGCAGGGUGCUAGACGAAUAGUUUCUGAGUGGCCAGACCUGGAUUUUGAGGCAAGAAGAUUCACAGCACGAAUCUUGGGCGAUGAUCAAGAAUCAGAAUCAAUACUGCCCCCUAAUCAAUCCAAGAACUUGAAUAGUGAAGAUUCGUCAAAUGAGGACAUGGAAUCCAGGGCUGAGUUAUGAACAAGGGACAGAUGCUGUGCAAGUUGAAAUUUAUUCAAGAAAUCUAUGAUCCUUGCAGCAGUUUGUCGCCAUGUAGCAUCAUGACUUCUUUCCAUCUAACCAGUGCCCAUCUGAUAUAUCGGCAUCCAUAUCCAAACACGAAUAUGACAACUUCUGAGUGCAAUGGAGAUUUGCACUCUCAGCUGCCCAAUUCCAAGGUCUCAAAGGAGAUCUUGAUUAGAGUAAAAUUUGAGUGAAUUUGAAUCAUACCUUCAAUUUGAUGACUGUGGACAUAGUAACCUAUCAGGCCAUCUAAAUUCAUUAAUGUUAUAUACCAGCAAUCAACCCCUCACCUUUUUUUUCCAGGAUACUUGUUUAAUUCAAUGGGGAAGAAUGCUGGAUUUUGGGAAUGUCAAGUAUUACAGUGAUUGUGUUAACUUGUUACAAGUUUGCUUUCAGCAUCAACAUAAUUUUUGGUGAUUAUUCUUGUGUCUCCCACACUGGUAACAGACUGGAAUAUAAGAAAACCAUGUUACUUUUGACUGAAUUCUGUGUCUCUCAGCACCCCUAAUUCUUUUAAGAAUGUAUUUUUCCUGCUUUUAUGUCCAAUAACUAACUGCGACUCUUGAUAAA